UUGCUGAGGCCGUUGACUCUGUUUGCCAGGGGGCAGCAGAUAUGUCGCUUCUCCACCAUAAUCCAUAAUCAAACCGUGCAGAGUUCUGUGCUUACUACCCCUGCAUGGGCUUGUCUGUCUGCUAAAGCCUUCCAGACACCCCAACAGAGCAUCCUGCAACGGUGAGGGCUGGAAUGGCAUAGUACUGCUUAGCUUGAUCAGAUUCAACCUACCAAGUUCUAUUGUGCAGAUUCAAUUCAUUAAGUGCAAUUUGUUUUUUUUACUAUUCAUGUUUACCUAGCUUUUGUUUCAAUUGUUUCUUUGAAAGAUGAAUCAAUACAAUCCAUUAAUAAGAUGUUGGCAGGCAUAUCCACUGGCUUUGUUUGUUUGAAUGACAUGAAACUGGAAAGGUUUUAUUUAAUUUAUUUGUACUAAUUUGGGUGGGGCUUGGUUCUUGCAGGGUUGCACCUCUCAUUCCCAGCCGGGUCCAGCAGCCAAGCAGAAACCUCACGUACAUCAGCCUGAAGAAGGGGAGGAGGAAGUCUGUGAAAUCAGUGGUGAAGAGGUUCAUGCGGCUGCACUGUGGCCUAUGGAUUAGACGCAAGGUAAUGUAGUGUCUCUCAUUCUAUGUUUUCCUUAGUUUCUGAAACCAUAAAGGUUGUGUAAAUGACCUUAUCUCAGUGUCUCCUCUGUCUUUGAAUUGACACUGCUGGUUCUCAACAGGCUGGAUACAAGACAAAACUGUGGAAGAAAUUGCCUGCCAGAAAGAAGCGUUUAAGGGAGCAUGUGUUUUGUAGCGAAACACAGAACAAGCUCUUGGACAAAAUUACCACAAAAUUCUGGAAGAGGGGGAAC